AUGGGUCAUUUUACAAUCCUUGUAAACCUAACAUUAUGUCUGAAAAAUGACGAUCAAAUCAUUGACCUCCCGGGGCUAUCAGAAAAAGCAAAUUUCCGACAAUACUCGGGGUAUAUCGACAUCAGAGACGGCAAACACUACUUCUAUUGGUUCGUCGAGAGCCAGAAAGACCCUGAAAAUUCCCUAUUCGGGGCGCUCGUAGAGAACGGGCCCUUCCGGGUGUCUCCGGACGGCAAACGUGUCGACCAAACCCCGUGGGCCUGGAAUACAGUGGCGAAUGUGGUAUACCUCGAGUCGCCAAUAGGCGUGGGCUUCAGUUAUAGCGACGAUAAACUGUAUAACAGUACUGACGAGUCGACCGCCGAGGAUAACCAUCUGUUCAUCGAAGGGUUCUUUAAGAAGUACCAGUCAUUUAAGGGAAAUCCGUUUUAUAUCGCCGGCGAGAGUUAUGGCGGUAUUUACUGCCCGAUGUUAGCCCAACGUAUACUCCGAUCGAAAUCCGAUAUCAAUCUAAAGGCAUUUCCGACAGACAUCGGGGGGUUGAGGUGGCAGGAGGGCAAUGGUGUUAUUAUUGGCAAUGGAAUCCAGAAUUUGGACAAAUAUCAAGCUCAACCAACUGCCGACUUCCUAUUGGGUCACGGAUUAAUCAAAACGGAUUUAUUUGAGAAAAAGAUUGAAAACUGUUGUCAAUGCAAAUCGGGAGACGUUCAACGCGAAUUAUCAGGCAAAUGCGAUUCAGUGGAAUUAAUCGAGGUACAUCCGGUAAACUACUACAAUAUUUACGACAAAUGUCCGCCACCGACGGCAUACAUUACAAAUUAUAACAACUACUUCGCGCGGAUGUACAGCAGACCACCGAUGAUGUCCUUUAACGCCAAUCACUACGACGACUGUCCCACAUAUAAACACAUCGAUUGGAUAAACACACCGGAAGUACGAAAGGCUCUUCACGUAAGUAUCGAUGACACUCAUAAAUGGGCGGAUUGUACGGACGGCAUAUACCACUAUACAAAACCCACCCCACAAUUCCCAGUUAUCAACGAACUUUUCGAUGUCUAUAAUCUUGAAAAGUUUGUCGCAUUUAACGGCAAUUUUGACACAAUGUGCGACCACAUAACGACCCAGUAUUUUAUCGAUAGUCUGGGUAUUAGUAAAAUGAGUGGCUAUAGACCUUGGUAUAAAUCGGACGGAAGCGUAGCCGGUUAUGUCCAAAACUACAAAAGGGGUGUUACCUGGGUGUUAGUGUUGGCAGCCGGGCAUAUGGUGCCACAGAACCAGCCCGACUCGGCCCUACAGAUGAUUAAAAUGGUUGUCGAUAUUAAAACUUAA